AUGGAGCAGCUUCCUGGGAGAGCCUCAAGCCAUCUGGGCGGAGCCGGGCUGGAACGACACGGUGCGCAGCCUGAUGAGACAGACAACAGUGAACGUCGCCGACGCAGAAUCAGUUGGUUCACAGGGAACGAAUUCGAAAAAGAGAAGGAGAUGAAUGGAUUCCGGGCUCGUUCGAGGGGACAUGCCAAGGAGGCGUCCAGCAGCAGUACUCAUCGAAGACACGUCAUGGUCGGGUCCCAUUACAGGGACCCCUUCCUCAACAUCGCAGCUGCCAACCUGUCAUCCCGAAGUCAGAGCUUGAAGACGCUGUCCGAAAAGCACGAGACAUUCGUAACACAGAGAGAGGAGUUGCGCAAAGAGAUCCAAGAAGUGCCCACCGAUCUUGGACUUGAAUCAGAGAAUCGAGUGCGAGAAACUGGAUUGAGAAUCAUCGAGCUCAGCACCAAUAUCAAAGAUACAAUAAGCGAAAUGGCUGUUGUAGCAACUGAGGUUCGGGACGCAGAAAGGCAAGAUUCUGAUGCCGCGCGGGCUGAUGACGCGGAGGGUGUUCCGAGCCACAUCACUGAACACGCACGAUCGGAAGCCGGGCAGCUUCCACCACCACAUACAAUCGAGAAAUUACAAAAGCAACGCGUCAAGACAACAGCUCCCCAACGGCCAAGGCCCGAGGUGGGCGGCGUCUUGGUGGGCGACGUCUGGGUGGGCGAUGUCUUGGUGGCCGUUUGUGACUUCGCAGCGCGAGCUUCGGAUGAGUUGAACCUGGCCAAGGGUGACGAAGUUGUAGUGAUCGAGAAGGACGAUGGGUCUGGCGAUGGACGGAUUUUGGGAGAGAAUUUAUCGACCGGCCGUUUCGGCCUCUUCCGAAAGAAUCACGCUCGUCUCGAGGUAUGGACGCCACGAGUGAGCAGUGAUGAUGUUCCCACAGUCCAUCCCACAGUCCAGACGGAGCUCUUGGCCCGGAAAAUGGUCGCCAGAGCUGAUGAGAGCCCUGAGAUUCUGACACGGACUGUUCCAGAUAACUCCACUAGUUCAGUCUGCGGCAGCUGCGGCGCAAGAUGGGAUCCAAGAACAGGCUGUUUGAGAUCCUGUGACGGAAUGCAAGAUGGCUUGGGUGGCCACUGGAGCAUCGUCAAGCAGUACCCUAAAAAGUACAAGACUAAUGUACCCGCUGCUCUGGUUUCCAGGUUGGCGUUGAAGAAUCUUGGCUAUCGGUUCAUCCGAGAGGGCGAGAAUGUUGUCCUUCCAGAGGCCAUAGGCCAAGAAGACAUAGACGACUUGCUCAAAUUAAGCGACCUCUAUCACAAAAGCGGCCUUGAUGAGCCAGUAUCCAUGACAAUGACUCCGUUUCUUCCUCCUGUCGGCUAUAGCCGUCGAUUUUAUGGCAAUGAUGGUAAGAAAGAUGAUGAGGUCAUGGUUUUUGAGGAGCAUACACUGCCCGCGAAUCUCUACGCAGAUUCCGAAGGUGGUGCAGGGUUCUCUGUGGAACAUACCGAUUCCAACAGCUCCUACUUUGCAAUGUUCUCAGGAGAGUCUAGUCAGCAGCCGACAGACCCCAGCUCUUGGUUGGAUUCAUCAUCGGCGGAUCGAGCUGGCAUGCGCAGCGAUCCAGUCGAUGCAACCUUCAGCGGGACGAAAGAGGAGUUUGAUAUUGAUCGGGAAGUGGAAGAAUGUAGUCGAUCGAUUUCAAGCAUCACAGAUUCCAUCGGGACCACGGGGAUGAACAUGAAUCGACCGAUGUCCAAGGCGCACAUUCCAGUCGAAAAGAGCAUCUCAUGGACGACCAGGAUCCAAGCUGAAGAACGCUUUAACGAACACAGACCACACGAGAACCGGGAUAUUUCAAGACCCGAGGAUGUCCAGGAGUCCUUGGGUAAUUCUUCACAGAUCGAAGGUCGUCGUAUGUUCUGGAACAGAGACUCGUUCCCAACAUGGGUCGCAAAAUGGGUGACUGACACAUUGUGGCCGCCAUCAAAUGGCUGCCAAAGAGUAUGGUAUUUCUGCGGGUGCGGCCAGCACACUUACAUAGAUGUCAAGGAGCUCGAGCCCGGUAGUGUGGAGAGCGAAUGGCGAAGCAUUAGCGAGAGCUCCGCAAUAGCGAGACGGGCACACUCGCCCCAGAGCAGUGAAUCUUCUGGAGGCCAGCUUCCAGCGAGUCCGUCUCCAGUUCAUCUGGGUCCAACCUCUCACCGGAAUACGGCAUCCCCGAAUUCGCCUUCGCAAGAGACACCACACGUACCACGGCCAUACCUCAAUCCCGCCUCAGCAAUCUCGCCUGCCCUGUCCGGGGCUACACGACGGGAUCCAAUGUUCUUAUUGAUCUGUAUCAACGGCAAGGCCUACAAGACCUUGGCAGAGCUUCGGUGCCUUGAUAUUAAUGAUUCAUACAAUGACGAGUUGCUAAUCAGAGGCAUUCUUAACCAGUACCAACAGGCUCGUCAAGGAUUCUCAGUGCGGAGGCCGUCUUUCAUCCGAGAGUCACCAAUGAAACAAUUCAUCUCAGAGUGGCGGAGUAAAUGGGCAUCCGACGUCAGCCCGUGGGCACCGCUACAUAUAAUAGACACAGCAGACUUUGUCGAAUUCGAACUCGUCCCCCACCCAGAAGGCAAGGAGGCUUUCCCAUCUCACUUCACCUCCGGCCGCUGGCCCGCACCAGACAAUAAACAGUACCGCUACAGGCCCGUCCCGAUGAAGUGCAUCAAGACCAUGAACUUGUGGCACAUGCGCCGUCCCGGCCCCCACACCGAAGUCUACUGGUACAAUACCGUUCCCAAGAAGGUGGACGGCGCGCUAUACAGGCCGUCGGGCACGGUCGGGGACGUCGUAGGAUAUGGAGUGCGCAUUAACGAGAGGCUUAAUGAUGUGCUUGUUCUCUGGUGGUGCUUCGUUUUUAUUUUGGCCACCGGCGUUUUCAUAUAUGUGUACUCCAGGUGCACGAGCGAUGACUCGUCGGCGUUUGGGAUGGGCGCGUACUUGGUGGCUGCCCUUACGGUGUACAUCCAGUUGCAGUAUGCGUGGUGGAAGAGGACAUGA